CUCUUCCUCCUCCUCCGCCGCCGCGAUGCCGGGGAAGCGGCCCUUCGAGCGGCUCCCGGCCGAGGUGCGCCCCAUCAACUACGGGCUCUGCCUCAAGCCCGACUUGAUCGACUUCACUUUCGAGGGGAAGCUGGAGGCCGCCGUGGAGGUGGGACAAGCAACCAAUCAGAUUGUGAUGAAUUGCGCUGACAUCGACAUUAUUACCGCUUCCUAUGCACCAGAGGGAGAUGAAGAAAUCCAUGCCACAGGAUUCAACUACCAGAACGAAGACGAGAAGGUGACACUUUCCUUCCCCAGCACACUUCAAACAGGGAUGGGGACGUUAAAGAUAGAUUUUGUUGGAGAGCUGAAUGAUAAAAUGAAAGGCUUCUAUCGAAGUAAAUACACCACCCCUUCUGGAGAUACUCGUUUUGCUGCUGUUACUCAGUUUGAGGCCACUGAUGCUCGUAGAGCCUUCCCUUGCUGGGAUGAGCCCUCCAUCAAGGCAACGUUUGAUAUCUCAUUGGUGGUUCCUAAAGACAGGGUAGCUUUGUCAAAUAUGAACGUCACUGAACGGAGGCCCUACCCUGAUGACGAAAGCCUGGUGGAAGUGAAGUUUGCCCGCACCCCCGUGAUGUCCACGUAUCUCGUCGCUUUCGUGGUGGGAGAAUAUGAUUUCGUUGAGACCAGGUCUACUGAUGGUGUGUUAGUCCGUGUUUACACUCCUGUUGGCAAAGCAGAGCAAGGAAAGUUUGCAUUAGAGGUUGCUGCUAAAACUCUGCCUUUUUAUAAGGACUACUUCAAUGUUCCUUACCCUCUCCCAAAAAUUGAUCUCAUUGCUAUUGCAGACUUUGCAGCUGGUGCCAUGGAGAACUGGGGCCUUGUUACUUAUAGGGAAACUGCACUGCUGAUUGAUCCCAAAAAUUCAUGUUCCUCUUCCCGCCAGUGGGUGGCGCUUGUCGUGGGCCAUGAGCUUGCUCACCAGUGGUUUGGAAACCUUGUGACAAUGGAAUGGUGGACCCAUUUGUGGCUCAACGAGGGCUUCGCUUCCUGGAUUGAGUAUCUCUGUGUAGACCACUGCUUUCCAGAAUAUGAUAUCUGGACCCAGUUCGUCUCGGCUGAUUAUACACGAGCCCAGGAGCUUGACGCCUUAGACAACAGUCACCCUAUUGAAGUUAACGUGGGCCACCCAUCCGAAGUAGAUGAAAUAUUUGAUGCAAUUUCUUAUAGCAAAGGAGCGUCGGUCAUUCGGAUGCUACACAACUACAUUGGGGACGAGGACUUCCGGAAAGGCAUGCACUUGUAUCUUACCAAGUUCCAGCAUAAAAAUGCAGCUACAGAGGACCUUUGGGAAAGCCUGGAACAUGCUAGUGGUAAACCUAUUGCUGCUGUGAUGAGUACAUGGACCAAGCAAAUGGGCUUUCCUCUUGUUUAUGUGGAGGCAGAGCAGCAUGAAGACGACAAAGUGUUGAAGCUAGUCCAGAAGAAAUUCUGCGCCAGCGGACCAUAUAGUGGGGAGGAUAACCCUCUGUGGAUGAUUCCUAUCAGCAUCUGUACGAGUGAGGACCCAGCCCAUGCCAAAAUGCAAGUGCUGAUGGACACGCCCGAGUUGACCUUGGUUCUGAAAGACGUUAAGCCUGAGCACUGGGUGAAGCUAAACCUGGGCACUGUAGGGUUUUACCGUACGCAGUACAGCUCUGAGAUGCUGGAGAGUUUGCUCCCAGCCAUCCGCGACCUCUCCUUGCCACCUGUGGACAGGUUGGGUCUGCAAAAUGAUCUCUUUUCUUUGGCCCGAGCUGGAAUUAUUAGCACUGUAGAGGUUCUAAAAGUCAUGGAAGCGUUUGUGAAUGAGCCCAACUAUACCGUGUGGAGCGACCUGAGCUGUAACCUGGGGAUUCUCUCGACUCUCUUGUCCCACACAGACUUCUAUGAGGAGAUCCAGGCAUUGGUCCGCGAUAUCUUUUCGCCCAUAGGAGAGAAGUUGGGCUGGGACCCCAAGCCUGGCGAGGGCCACCUGGAUGCGCUUCUGAGAGGUUUAGUUUUGGGGAAGCUAGGAAAAGCUGGCCAUAAGGCGACCCUGGAAGAAGCGCGGCGUCGGUUUAAGGACCAUGUGGAAGGGAAGCACAUCCUCUCCGCUGAUCUGAGGAGUCCUGUAUAUGUAACUGUUUUGAAGCACGGCGACAGUACCACCUUAGACACUAUGCUAAAGCUCCACAAGCAAGCGGAUAUGCAGGAAGAGAAGAACCGAAUAGAGCGUGUGCUUGGCACCAUAUCUCAGCCGGAGCUAAUACAGAAAGUUCUCACUUUUGCACUUUCAGAAGAGGUACGUCCUCAGGAUACGGUGUCUGUCAUUGGCGGAGUAGCCGGAGGGAGCAAGCAGGGCAGAAAAGCCGCCUGGAAGUUCGUCCGAGACAACUGGGAAGAGCUCUACAAUCGCUACCAAGGGGGUUUCUUGAUAUCUAGGCUAAUAAAGCUGUCGGUGGAUGGUUUUGCAAUUGACAAAAUGGCCGCGGAAGUUAAGGCUUUCUUUGAGAGCCACCCAGCUCCGUCAGCCGAGCGCACCAUCCAGCAGUGCUGCGAAAACAUCCUCUUGAAUGCCGCCUGGCUAAAGCGGGAUGCUGAAAACGUCCACCAGUACCUCCUGCAGCGCAAGGCCUCGCCCACAGCCGUGUGAGGCCGUCCCUCAUCUCUCCCCCCACCCCUUACCCGGGCAUCCCAGCCGCUGUGGCCCGACCGCCUCGGUGUGAGGAAGAGGAGCUGCUAACCUGACAGCUGAAUAAUACGCCAAGGAAAAUUGGAGUCUUUUCUCACACCAAUGGGAAUUGGACAAUGAAUGUAGUUAACUGGUUCCUGCUCACACUCCAGAACUAAAUUCUAUUUAAAAAGAAAAAAAGAAAUUAUCAGCAAUUCAGCAAAAAAACAAACAAACCACCCUGUAAAUAUAAUAGUAAUAAAAUAGAGCGUAACAAAA